AACAGCUGAAUAAAAACACAAAAAGCAAAUUACAAGCUCAUUUAAAUGACAAGACUGAUCAUAACAAAGGAUAUUUAACAAAAAAAACUCAUGUAAAGUGACCAAUAAAACAUGAAAUAAACUGUUUCAUCUGCAGAUAAUAAAUGAUUAUAUAAAAUAUCAUUCUCCAGUCUUCUCUGCAACCGAGCGCUACUGUUUAAACUUUCAUUUCACUCUGUCUCUUAAAAAAAGCCAACAUAAAUACAUGAAAUACAAAAUCAGUGCUAAUAUGAAAAACAGAGACAAACAGAGAAAGUUAAAAUUUAAAAGCAAGGGAGGAAAAAACAACCAUAAUAUGAAGUUAUUCUGCAAAAACCUGCAGGUAUCUGACAAUAUAUAUAUUUCACAAGUGACCCAGUGCUGCAUUAUGAGGAUCCUGAUCUAUUAAUACUUCCGCUGCAAAAUGUGAGUUUAUAUAAUUUUAUACCUGUGAACUCCUCGUGGCCUUUACUGUGUCGCCCUCCAGUGGAUGAAUCAUGUCAGUACACAUCCAGAGAUCCAAACAAAAGAGCCGAACUCACACAGAAAGUCAAUUUAAAUCAGUUAAACACGUUCAGUCUGAAUGUUUGCGGGGUUGAAAUAAUAAAUAAAAGCUGUGAAAGUAGCAGGAACUAAAGAGGGAAGUCCUGAGUGUGCGCGGUUGUGUUACAGUGUGACACACAUGUCAACAGUGUCCCUUAAGAAAGUUGUUGGUCGCCGGCUGCCAUGUGAUCCUCCGGCCGAACCCGGCCAGAAUGUCAACCGUCAGUCGCAGCCCGUCGGCCGGUAGGCGACACCGCUCCUCCCCGGGGAACUGAACCACAACCCGUCGACCUGUCGUCCCCCCUCCGCUCCUCUUCACUCCAGGCCGAGGGAGCCAGAGGAGUCUGCCGGUGAAGAGCGACGUCCAGCGGGCAGCAACAUGCGCUCCGUGGCGGGGUUAGCUGCCAUUGUGGCGGCGGCGAGUGUCUACCUCUACCUGCUGUCCACUCAUCUCCCCCCGGGACCAGAGCACGUCCAGCCGGGCUCCGAGGGGCAGGACGAGGCGGUGCAGGAGUACAGGCUGAAGUUCCCGUCGGACCUGGACGAGCUGCGGGACCUCGCGGAGAUGCUCAAGUUUUAUAAACGAGAACAUCACGGCUACGUCCUGCUGCUGUUCUGCAGCGCCUACCUCUACAAACAGUCCUUCGCCAUACCUGGUUCCUCUUUCCUGAACAUGUUAGCUGGUGCCAUAUUCGGGCCCUGGGAGGGUUUGGUGUUGGCCUGCCUGCUCACCACGACGGGCUCCACGUUCUGCUACCUGCUCUCCGCUACGUUUGGGAAGCAGCAUGUGGUUCAGCUCUUCCCUGAUAAGGUGGACCUGCUGCAGAGGAAGGUGGAGGAAAACCGUAGCAGUUUGUUCUUCUUCCUCCUUUUCCUCCGUUUCUUCCCUAUGACUCCUAACUGGUUCCUUAACAUCACCUGUCCUGUCCUCAACAUCCCUAUGCCCAUUUUCUUCUUCUCUGUGUUCAUAGGUUUGAUCCCCUACAACUUCAUCUGUGUUCGCACGGGCUCCAUCCUCUCAGAGAUCCAUUCCCUGGAUGACAUCUUCUCCUGGGGGACGCUGGCUCAGCUCCUUGCCAUCGCCCUCAUGGCUCUCCUCCCCGGAGCGCUGAUCAAACGUUACGGCAAAACUCACCUGAAGGUGGACGGCAUGGACAGCAACGGACCGAGCCAGGCUGAGAUCAAGCAGGACCGCAAGAGACGAUGAUUCUGGGGUAGAUGGAGGAGGGAGAGUCAUCGGGUUUGGCGCGAUUCCCAAACACAACAUGGUGUCAGAAGAACUGAGAUGGAAAACACUCUCCGCUGAGUGGUACGUGACCUUUUGUCCUCAUGAGCCCUGAGAUUUCUGUAAGGUCACACCAAAGGCUCAUCAUACUUCUAGUGUGAUCUGUUCUGAAAGUCUGGAAACGUCUUCAGGUCAUGUUACACCAGGCUGCAGACGACAGUUUCUGUCUCCUGAGAUGUGAAAUCUCUCAGUGCUAAUAGACAGAACUGAAGCGUUAUCUUCUGAGAUGGGCCCUGAAAAUCCUUGGAUUUAAACUUUUUUAGUUUUUUUUAAAUGAACCUGAGUUGUUGCUCUUGAACCUGGAACAAGCAGCUUUAAAAUGAACAUCACCUUGAUUUUGAAUUGACUGAUGUUAGCACCAAAGGACGACCCCAAAACACGGCACUACAGAUCCUUAAUUUAAUUUCACCAAACUAGAUUUUUCACGUUAAUUGUCAGUUAUUGUGCUAUUUUUGAAACGUGAUACUGUCUCACUGACCCGACACAGACUGAUGACCUCUUGUCAUGCGGAGAGUUUCCAGCCUCAGGUCCACCGAAGACUGCCUUUCUGUUAGCGGUCUGUUGUACUUCACAGUUUUGUUCUUAAUAGGUUUCUUUCUCUCAUCGCCUCCAUGAAGAAUUGUGCAACCGAGCCAAACCAUCACGAGAGCUUUUCAAAGUAAUUUGUUCCACAGGAGGCCCCUUUUUGACCCUGUGGUGGAAGAAUCUGUUCCGGAGUUCCUCGCAAACCUUUGCCACUUUUUGUUUUUUCAUUUAUUUAAACGUCUGCUGUGGAUUAUGGAGAUCAGACGAUUAACCAGUGCAGCCAUUAAGCUUUCCCAGGAUUUGCAUAGAAAAGAACAUUUAGUACAUUUAGACUUUUGAAUGUCUCAAGAUUGAGUGAGUGUCUGUUUUCCUCAAGCACUUAUGUGUCUUAAUGUAGCCGUGGCUGCCGCGACAGAUCAGUUUUACAGGUCUGAUCUUCUCACGAAGGUCUCAGCAAAGAGAAAAGUAUCCAACAACACAAACACACUGUAAUGUGACAAGCAGCUGAAUGAACUCUUGUUGGAGAGUUUUGUACAUUAAGCGACAUUUUCUUGACCUUUACAGAGCCUGUGAUACAUCACGUCGACAGUUACACACAUUCUCUCCAUGUUGCUGCCAAACACAAUGAGGGUUCUUGUGUUUUACCUGGUCAAGAGCACCAUGACGUCACCUGAGGGAAAAGUUUACUUCCUUCCUUCUUCACUCAACUCAGAUAAUACAGAAGUAGACGCAAUAUUACGUGUUAAGCCAGUGGAAGCUGGUGACUUUCGGCCUUGUUUCAAGUAUCUUUGUAUUUGAAUUCUGAGACAGUCAUGAGAAGAUCUAAUCUUUGACUGAGCGUGAUGUUGCACCGUGUCCGUUGUUGUCAGUGUAUCUGAUACACUUUAAAUGUGGAAAUGUACUUUUUUAUCAGUAUUUUGCAGACUGUCUGUAGUAAAUGGUCUUAAAUUUCAGCUCCUUACCAAAGACAAAAAACAGGUACGUUUGCCUUAAUUUCAGUUGUGACUGUAGCAAUGAGGGACAGUCUGCAACUGUGACGCCGUUACCUGCAGGAUUGUCUGUUGUAUAUGUUAGAGGUAUGUCGGAGUCCAGAGAUAUUUUGUAAAAUGCUUUUUCUGUCUUUAGUCUGACAGUGUUGUGAAGUCCACGAUCUUCAGUUAAGGAGUGGAAUCAAUGUCAAAAAGAAUUUCAUUAACACCCAAAGUGCCAAAUAUCCCAUUUAAAUUUACUGCUCACUUUCCAACAGCAAAAUUAAAUGAAUUUAAGAUGGAAAAAAAAAAUGUUUUUCUUAUUAUUUUUAACAAUUUAAAAGAUGUUUCUCUUCUCCUCUUUGACGCCCCCAAAAAAGAAAAAAGAUUUUUUUCCCUACUCUUUGUAAACAUGUAAUAAAAUCUGUCAGUCUCGUGUCUUGACAAAGUGAAA